AUGGGGUUCGUCGAGGAGAUUAACUUAAAGACUUACGACCCAGAUGUAUACUUCACUAGCAUACAUGCCCGCACCUCUUCAGCUAGGAACCGCAUACCGAAGUCGCUCUCAACCGGCUCAGAAACGAACCGGCCAAACCGUCGCGUAAACUACUCGCUUGCAGACCUAGAAAACAGAAUAUACAACCAGCGGGGGAGUUCGCAGGGAGCUGACGAUACAGACAAGGCAGAUUCGUACAGCGCAGAGCGGUACACCCAGGCUGAACUGCUGAAGUCCAACAAACGUUUCAUGGAACUGGACACCGAAAAUUUCGGAGAUGCCCGAGACGUGCCUUACUUAAUGAGCGCGCUCACGGGCAUAAACAAGGACCGCAUUGACCAGGCUGCCACGGGUAUCUCCGGGGGCGCUGUUCCCACCCAGUCGUCGUCCAACCGAGCCCGCAACAAAUUUGAGCUCCCCAAAAACAUGCAAAUGAUGUACCGAUGCACCAGGCCGCCUAUACCGAAAAGAAAGAAUACCAAUCGGAUCGUGGCUCUCAAGAAGACCUUGUCCUCAAGAAGACCCCUUAGCAGCUACCUGGAUGCCCUCGAUCAUGUGAACAGAAGCAUAAUCUACAACAACGUGUACAAUAAAAAGUUCACGAAGGUUCUCCCGGUCGUGACCGUGUGCUCUAUUUGUGGUGGUUAUCGGAGCCUCUCAAGUUGCGUCAAGUGUAUGGACAAGAUAUGCAGCCUGAAAUGUUAUACUCUGCAUAACGAAACACGGUGCUCGAGCUGA